CACCUUUGGUUGGCAACAAGUGCAGGCCCCAAGGCAUCCAAGUGGGUUCUGCAAACCGCGCAGAAACUAUUCAAGCCAGCAUAUUGGUCGGCAACAAGUGGAAGCGCCAAGGCAUCCAAGUGCAAACUGCGCGGAAACUAUUCAAGCCAGGAUAGCCUUCUCUCAUCGAUUGUCAGGCAGAAAUGAACCUCUGGAGAACAGCCCGUUGUGGUGGACUCACACUGGACAAUGCGGAUGUGGAUGUGGGCACAGGAAAUGAUGCUGGGGAUGUUGAGGAUCUGGAUGAUGGAGUUUCACAGACUAAUGAUCCAGAAGGCAACACAGUAGCAGCUGCUGUUACUAGCCGUGACUGUCGUGAGUGGUCAAUUUCUGAUCUUUAUCCAGAAAGGCUUAUAAUCAGCAAGGAUUCUCAAUAUCCAGGCAAGUUCUCCCGUUUUUAUGCAUGUGAUUGGAAGACAGGUCAUAUGUACCCUUUUUCUCCUGCUCAAGGAGAGCUCCCAAAACAAAUUCCUUUGAGUCCUGAUUGCAGUCCCACUACAAGGAUGAAGCAACAAGUAUACGUUGGGAUUGAAAACAUGAAAAGUACACACAGAGUUCUUUCAAUCUUUCAAAAUCACAUUGGGGAUGAGGAAACCACAAACGGCACUGCUUUUGCAGUUUCACAGCAUAUGCUUCUAACAGCUGGCCAUUUGGUCACUUUUAAAGAUGGGAAGAACAUGAAGUGGCAAUUGAAGGAGGUGCUAGUUUAUGCAGGGGAAUUUGUGCCCAUUCAAAAAGUUCGUGAAUUUGGUUUUCGCUGCACAGUUCAAGGAAAUGCCACCUCUGUUUACAGUACCAGGAAGGAGUGCCCUGAAUUUGGAUCUGACAUAGCAUUUCUCAAAGUGGAGGGAACGACUCUACCAUGCUUUCUUUUACCUUCUUCGCCACAAAAGGACUUGCCUCUCACGGUAUUUGGGUACCCUGAUGCGGUUGGCUACUUAAGACGAGCAACACGAGAGUUAAAACAGAAUGCUAAUCCAGAAAAUGGUGGGCUUUGGAGUGUCUAUUGGCGAGUCCUGUGGGACAAUAUUCAGGAAUGGACGGCACAAUACGAGGGUGAUUUAAAGCGUGCUGAAGAAACAGCUAAGAAAUGGCUUCUUGAACAGUUUCAAACCGUUCUGCGAGGAAUACCGGAUGGGGCUCAAUGUGUUUCUGCUGGAUUUGUUGAAGCACUUACAUCAUGCUUUGUCGGUCAUACUUGUCCCACCGUACCAGGUGUUUCCGGGGGUGCCGUUUCACCCAUGGAAAGUCCAGGUUAUUUCGUAGCAGCUCACGCUGGGGCCUUAGACAUCAACCAAAACUGUGGAACGUCCACAGAUAAUCCAGCUUUCGUGGAUCAGUAUCUAAAAUUUGUGUUGCAAGAUCUUCCGACUCCAGAGUGGGCAUUGUACACAAGGGCAGAUUUCAGCAUAAGGCCAUUUCUCGCUUGGUUACACACUCAUAAGGCGAUGCUCCCUCCAUCUUCUCCCUGGGUGAAGCAUCUGCAGCAGCAGCUGAUGGUUGUCCAUGCUAGCGAGCAGCAGGUCGAGCGACCAUCAAAAAGAAGAAAGUUAGAAGACACUCUGUUCAAUAGAUAGGAGGUCUCUCUCUUAUGGAAGUAAUGUAAGUCUGCGGGCCAGAGGAGUUGCACAGGUGUGCUUGCCUUGUCUACUGGCUGACGAGACUAGUGGAGAAGGUCAGGAAACCAAGCGGCAUUGCGUGUGGCUGUCAGCCUGCGCUGAAGCGGCUGUGACAGUCUUGGGAAUGAGGAUUUUACGGCUGAGCAGAUUCAGCUAGCUGCGAUCCCGAAAGUUAUGAUUGUUGCAUUAUCAGUCCACCAGGAUGUUCUUGCAUGCCAGAACCACAUUGGAGACGGCAUUGGAUUGCA